GCCACCACGCUAGGCCCACACAAAAAAAGAUCACUUGGCUCCUGCUGUUGUUGGACUAAAAAGAGAUGAGAUGAAAGGAGAUAGAACAUAUAUGCUUCUGCGUUUUCGCAAGGGAUCAUAAAUAUAUCAUAUCAUCUCUCACAUCGUCUUUUCUCUGAGAUGUGGCAUAUUUUGUCCGCAAUCCCAAAGGGAUCCUUUUGUUGCAUUUGUUAGGCCCACCCCACCAUUCCAGGGUACAGGGGCCCGUCUGAUGAACCAAAUCGAGAUCAGAAAAAGGAGCCGAAAGAAAAAAAAAAAGAGGAAAACGGAGGAGCGAUGGAGUCGGGGGGCGACGAGUGGUUGGCCGCCGACAAGGUGGAGCAUGCGGUGGCGUGCUUCGCGAUCGCGCUCGUCGCCUCCGCCCUGGCCGCGCGGAGCCGCCGCCCCAUCCUCCGCCGCCGGAGCGCCGCCCUCGGCUCCGCCGCCGCCUUCCUCGCCGGCUCCGCCAAGGAGGCCGCCGACGCCCUCGGCCUCUGGGGCUCCGCCGGCGCCUCCGCCAAGGACGCCGCCGCCGACCUCCUCGGCCUCGCCCUCGCCCGCCUCGCCCUCGCCGCCUCCCGCAGCAUCCCCUCCUCCUCCGAGCGCAAGCGAGGGGUCUCCACCUCCUCCUCCUCCUCCGGCGACGAGCGCGAGCAAGGGGUCUCCAUGGUGUAGAUAGGGGGGGCAGAUACUACGUGGAAGAUCCAAAAACAUCGAGAGGAUGAUCCAAUAUCCAAUCCGAUUUUGAUUUCUGAAUACGUCGGAUAUUUAGUUUGUAAGUUUUUAGUGUCCUUAACACUAAGAGGGCUUAAAUAUGAUUCUUGUUGAAAAAAAUUCGGUCCCAUAGGUACAAAUUAAUGUUCUCUGUUGUUGCGAUU